UCAGUCCUCCACUCCUCCACGCACGCACGCACGAGCGCGGCAGCACCACCACGCCCCGCCACGCCACCACGGAGCUCCGCUCCGGUCCGCAGCCCACCGGCGGCUCCAACCAAGAUCGACGCGACGAUGGGCUUCCCCGUGGGGUACCCGGAGAUGCUGCUCCCGCGCGCGCUGCUGCAGGCGCUCCUCCUCCUGGGCCACCUCCACCGCUUCCUCCUCUGGGCCUUCCACGCCGUGGGGCUCGGCGACCUCAUCGACCUCGGCUGCAACGACUACUACUACCCCGCGCCGCCCUCCGCGGCGGCGGAGCGAACAACCGGGCGCGACGCGGCCGCGCCGCCGCUGCAGCACCGGCGGCCGGAGUUCAGGCCCGUCCCCGCGGUGCUCGUCGAGGAGGCGCUCCCCGUGGUGCGGUUCGAGGAGCUGGCGGCCCCGGCGUGCGGGGGCGGCGACUGCGCGGUGUGCCUGAGCGGCAUCGGCGCCGCCGACGAGGUGCACCGGCUCAGCAACUGCCGCCACGCCUUCCACCGCGGCUGCCUCGACCGCUGGAUGGCGCACGACCAGCGCACCUGCCCGCUCUGCCGCGCGCCGCUCAUCCCGGGAUCCGCCGCCGCGGGGGACCCCGGCUGGGCAGCCGCCGCCGCGCCGUGGGCCGACGCUGCCACCGACUACGACAUGUCCUACCCGUCGUCGCUGCCGUCGACGCCGCUGCUGAUGGUGCCCACCCCGACGCUGCUGCGGCCGCACGAGCUGCUGCUCACCGGCCUGGGCGGCUUCCAGUGAGCCGCUGCCGCUGCGUGGCUGGCAGACUGGCAGGUCACGCGGGAUCCGUGGCGAGGCAAACCGCGUCGUCGUCAUGUGCGGCCCGCACCGCCCGGUCGGUCAGACGGGUGACCGCCGCCAAAGCUGGUCACCCACCGCCCAAGCCCGCUGCAGCAGCACACGGUUGGCCUCGUGCCGUGUCAUCGUCUUCCACGACGGCCUCGGCCCGUCGGCCGGCGAAACCAACGGCAAAGGAGACCGCCCCGGUUUUUACAGCGGCUCCGGCAAAAGAUUGAAAAAAAAAAGAAAAUUUAGGAAAUUAAUUACGCAAGUAGGUUGCCGUGUAGGAUGAUUCCAUCUUCCAAGCCAGUGGAGUUGCGAAUCUUUAUGUAGAUGAUAUGAAAUUUGCUGAACAUGAACUCUGGAUCCCGUGCAGUUUUAA